AUGUCGUGCGUCAAAAUUGCGAACCAAACGGUGGAAAAUCGCUCCUCCGUUUUGGAGCUGGUAAAGGAGCGAUUCUGGAUGCUGAUUCAGCGCGAUGUUGGCCUGAUUCCGGAGCACAUUAUCAACAUUUUGGACUUUUGUGGCUACUCGGCGAAUUGUGCAUUGGAGGCAAUCAACGAUGAGAAGCUGAAGAUCAUCGAACGGGAAGCCAAAGAGAUCCCCCAAAUCAUGCGCAUUUCCGCCAGCGACGAGGACCAGAUGCGCAAGUACUUUGGCAAGUUUUACCGCAACCCGCAAAACUUCCACAUCCUGAGCGGCGAGGCGCAGCAGAUCAAGAUGGUGGGCGUGUGUCUGCGCCAGAAGGGCAUCGGCAGCUACCUGAAGCUGGACGAGCUGACGCGGGUGCGUGACCGGCGCCGGAAGGACUACGACGGCGGAGGUUCCUUCGAGCAGCAGGCUCGCUCGCUCGCCGAACGGAUUCACACGUUUUACUUUAAUCGGUGCGACGGAUCUCCCCCGAACAUCGACUUUUGCAACAUGCUGAGCGCGAUCCAGGUGACGACCGAGAUGGGCGACGACGGGAAUUUGAUCGCGCACGUCCAGUGUCCCCUGUGUCAGUCGGAGAAACGGUUACGGGUGUCGCAGGAUCGAACCGGCCACUGGGUGCUGGCCAACAUUGUGUCCCACAUGAAUCGGCACCUGGCGGCCAUGUGCAAUCCGAGCAGCACCCCAACGAGCCAGAUGGAGGCGGCCACGGCCUCGGUGACGCGGUUGGAUGAUUCGGGAGUGGCGAAAAAGCUGAAAAUAGAGCCGCUGGACAUUGAUGACUCGUCCUCGCAGUACGGUGGGGCCAGCGCGUACGGGUUUACGAUGAGCAUGAACUGAGAAGUUUUUUUUUUAUAUUUGUCAGUGCACAAUUUUUACUACUUAGGGGCAGCAAUAUUAUAAUUACACUAACAAUUACUAUCAAAAAGAUUAAAU